AUGGAACCAAGCAAGCACUCCAUCCUCAUCGACAUCCUGGCUUUUGAAGUCAUAACAACAGACAGGAACAGUCAAAAGACAAAGUGUACUUUCCCCAAAGUGUGCGGUGUAGAAGAAGACAUGGCGCCGGGAUCGAGUGACGAGAUGUUCGUUUGCAGUUGGACCUGUCCCAAGAUGCCCCUGAGCUACAGAGAAGAAGUGUGCCACAUCUUGAGAAUGGCUGGGCCUGUGUUGCUCUCUCGUUUCCUGAAUUAUCUGCUUCCCUUCGUGGUCACCAUGUUCUGCGGACGUUUGGGCAACGAGGCGAUGGCCGGAUAUGGAUUAGCGUCGUCUACCAUCAACAUCACCACAGCAGCAACAGGAUAUGGUCUUGCUCUUGCUUGUGAUACAUUGGUUUCUCAGACCUUUGGUGGUAAGAACCUUCUGCGAGUAGGCGUGAUCUUGCAGCGAGGCAUUGUCAUCCUUCUGUUGUUCUGUCUGCCCUGUUGGGGUCUGCUCAUCAAUGCCCAGAGCCUCCUGCUGCUUAUGGGCCAGGACCCCAAGGUCACCCGAAUAGCGCAUGUAUACCUCAUAGCCUUCUUGCCAGCCGUGCCAGCAAUGUUUCUGCACCAUCUUCAAGCAUCUUAUUUGCAGAACCAGGGUAUAAUACUUCCUCAGAUGUACACUGCAGCCAUGGCAAAUGUUGCCAACUUGAUGAUGAAUUAUGUGUUCUUACACUGGCUCCAUUUAGGAGUCAAUGGAUCUGCAGCUGCCAACACACUCUCUCAGAUUAGCAUCUGUGUUCUAUUGUUUGCUUACAUACGCUGGAAGAAACUGCACCUAUCAACAUGGGGAGGUUGGUCAAUGGAAUCUCUUCAGGAGUGGGGCUCCUACAUGAAUCUGGCUGUUCCGAGCAUGCUCAUGAAAUGUUUCGAGUGGUGGCUCUUUGAGUUGGGUGGAUUCUUUGCAGGGAUGUUGAGCAAAGAUGAACUGGCCGCCCAGCACGCAAUAACGAUGGUGUCUCUUCUCACCUAUAUGUUGCCUUUCAGCAUACAGGCCGCGGCAUGCGCUCGGGUGGGCAACGCCCUUGGGGCCGGGGACACGGGCAGGGCCAUCCUUACCUGCAAGGUGGCGCUCAGCCUCGCAGGUGCAUUUACAGUUGUUGCAGGCAUCAUUCUUGGCUCCACGAAAUCAGUGAUUGGCUUCAUCUUCACCUCUGAUCAAAAUAUCGUCAAUCUGGUGUCGCUUGUGAUGAAUGUUUACAUCUUCCUUCAGUUCUUUGACGGCCUCGUGUCUGUGUGCACAGGCAUCUUUCUAGGAACAGGAAAGCAGAAGAUUCCAGCUGUGGCUAACUUCAUCGGAUACUAUGGCAUCGGACUCACGCUUGGCGUUACGCUCAUGUUUGUUGUGAAGCUCAGAAUUUUAGGUUUCUGGCUGGGGAUUCUGAUUUGCAUUGUCUUGCAGUCAAUCAUUUACAUCAUUAUCAUCUUUAAGUUGGACUGGGAGAGAAUGACAGAGGAGGCUGUGAAGCGUGCCCACAAGAGCACACACUUGGCCUUAAUGAGUCUAUCUGAGCAGGAACAGAACAGGAUUGAUACAUGCGAUGGCAACACUCAGCAGCAAGCGAAAGUAAACCAGCUCCCUCUGAACCAGCUGCUGCUGAGGCGAGGCCUGACGCUGUUGGCCGCCCUCGCCCUGCUGACAACAGGCACUUGCGUGUACUUCCUUGUACCCGUGCCGGUGACCCCGUUCCCCAAAAGUAAUCUGACUACAACGGACUCCGGCAAUAGCACAUGUUGCUGAUCAUGGAGUCAGAGGAAGAGCUUGUCAUAUUUAUUUGAUCCAUAGUUUACACAAAGAACAACUGUUGCAAGAUCUUGCAGUUGCACUGUAGUCAAAAACGAUUUUACUUUAGCUUUUUCUUAGGCGAUACAAAUUAAGACUAGACCUAUAUUCUAAUUUAUUUUUAUGCGGCGUCGGGAUUAAA